CUGUCCUAACGCAUCUGUAUCCUACACCUGCCAAUAUGGUCCUCCUGACCGCGCCUUUAAUCUUUACCUUGCGUAAACACUCCCUCCUUGCUGGCACACUUUCACAAUUAGGCGUCAACAACAACUAGCUGAGCUUCAGUUAACACCCCAGGAUUGAAGGUUUCAGAGCUUCACUGUAGGGCAGCAUGUCCGUAUCAACAGGCGCGGCCCUUCUGUGGAUUUUACUUCUUACAUUCACUGUCUCCACCGUGUCAGGGGCCCAGAAGUUGACUCUCACUGCUGAACCAGGAGCCACCAUAAACAUCAGAAAUAAUAAUCAGGUCAAAGGUUGCCAAGUGUGUACAGGAUCGAUUAUUAAAAAAUGCAACGCUGAAUCUCUGAAUUAUUUAAAAGGAGGUACUGUGGAAUUCAAAUGCUCCACACCUCAAGAUGUAUUCAGUAUAGAAAUUGUACGGCGUAUAACUUGCACCACGGAGUCAUGCAGUGGUCACAUCAUCCAGACUGACUUGAGCUCAAUUGAUGCGCUGCGUUUUAACCGCACGUUUACCUGGAAUCUAGAGGCCGCAGCGCCAAAAGCUUUCCAAGUAGAUUUCACUAACACGGGUCUUAAACUGAUUCAUCCAUCUGAGAAAUGUCCAGACAGACACACCUACACCCUCCAGGCCUUCCAGUCUACGGGCAGUGCGGCUGUGGAGCAGUACUGCAGAAGUGGCACCAUCAGCAGUGCUCAGAUUUUGAAAAGCGGCAGCUUUUCUGUGGACGUCCCAGCAGAGCAGAAGCUGCAAAAUGACAAGUUUGAUGUGACUGUGGGGGAAAAAAUCAAGUGGGCCCAGAAGUUGACUCUCACUGCUGAACCAGGAGCCACUAUAAACAUCAGAAAUAAUAAUCAGGUCAAAGGUUGCCAAGUGUGUACAGGAUCAGGAAACACACAACGUUGCAGUAUUGAAUCUCUGAACUCAUUCAGUGGAAGUACUGUGUCAGUGGAGCUUGAAUGCUCCAGACCUCAAGAUGUAUUCAGUAUAGAAAUUGUACGGCGUAUAAAUUGCACCACGAAGUCAUGCAGUGGUCACAUCAUCCAGACGGACUCCAACUCUAUUGAUGCGCUGCGUUUUAACCGCACGUUUACCUGGAAUCUAGCGGCCGCAGCGCCAAAAGCUUUCCAAAUAGAUUUCACUAACACGGGUCUUAAACAGAUCAAUCCAUCUGAGAUAUGUCCAGACAGACACACCUACACCCUCCAGGCCUUCCAGUCUACAGGCAAUGUGGCUGUGGGGAAGUACUGCAGAAGUGGCACCAUCAGCAGUGCUCAGAUUUUGAAAAGCGGCAGCUUUUCUGUGGACGUCCCAGCAGAGCAGAAGCUGCAAAAUGACAAGUUUGAUGUGACUGUGGGGGAAAAAAUCAAGUCUCUUGCCCGAAUUUCUCUGACUUUACCAAAAGGGACCUCUUCCUCAGAGCUGCUCUCGCCGGACUACCCAGAGAGUUUUCCUGAUGACGACAUCAUGGAGUGGUACUUUCAGGUCCCAGACAAACACAGGGUUGAUGUUCAGUUUCUAAACCUCACGCAGCCAGAUUGUGUGAAGAAGGAAGUAGCAGUGGAGUACCACCAGAAAGGCAGGGUGACAUCGGUUCUGGGGCUAAAUGAGACACAGCCGCUCCAGAACCAGGGAGACUUUUUGCUCACGCUGAGGAACUGCGAGAUGGAGAGAGCACCUGCUGAUUCUCCUGGACUCACCUUCACCCUCAAGGUGUCUGCUUCCAGCCCAGCUUCAACAGUGCCAUGUAGAGUAGAUCUCAGCAAAACUGAGGGCCUUUCUCUGAACAUUUCCACGGUGACAUCGACCCCUGACUGCGUGAUGAAAAUAAACUCGGCGAAAAAAGACAACAUCACAGUCACAUCAAGUGCUGAUCUGUCUUUUGAGGACUGCUUUCCUGGCAACAUGGAAGUCAGAGCCACGCAAGUCAUAGAUUGUAGUUCUGGUAAAUGUCCUGAUCCAGUCAGUCUGUCGGUGCCUCUGCUGCCAUCAUGCCUCCCUGCACCUCUGAGCCGUGUGACGUGGAUACUGCGUCCCGGUCAGCACGGCACGGUAAAGCUGAUUUCUCCCACCGGGCCCCUCAAGCAGUCCCUACCUGGACAGCUAUGUGAUGACAGCGUCACUAUUGACGUGGCAGAAGAGAAUGGAGCAACUAUUGGGAGCUUCUGCCCCAACGGAGCCAUACAGACCGUCCACAUUCACACAAGUGUGUCUGUCACAUGGUGGUCCAGCAUGAAUGCUAAAGCACCAAGAUCGGCCGUGUUGAAUGCCAGUUUUGAAAAGGAGAUUACAGAAAGAUACAUAUUCACCGUUUCUCCAAAGAGAGACACCCCAGAACUUGUGGCUACUCCAGCUUGGCCAGCGGGAAUGAAGGCCUACUCCACCGUCUCCUGGAUUGUCUCAGUUCCUCCGAAGAUGGAGGCGCAGCUGAUUUUUACCAAGCUCAGCCAGCCCAAGUGCAUCAACCGCCACACCAACAUCCGGGUGCAAAGAAUGGGCAGCCCCAAGGAGGACUACAGCCGCAGGGAGGAUGAGGUGGCCAAUAACGAGCUCACGGUCUCUGAGAGCUUCUACCUCAACAUGUCCAACUGUUUGCCUGAAAGAGGAAACUUCAGCGUAAUUACCAAGAUCUCCCUGCAGAAGAGCAAUGGCCUUUUACUAAUCAACAUCCUGAGUGUGGUGGCUGCUCUGCUGGUCAUUUUUGUAAUGGUGCUGGUUGUGGUCUGUGUGGUGAUUAGGAAGAAGAAGAAGCUCAGUCACGAAGUCUCUGUCUAUAAUCCAAAUGGCAUCAACUUCCUGCCAGGAUACAACGGACCCCCAAAAACACACGAAGACGAUGACGCUCACGUGUACACCUCCAUCGACGACACACUCGUCUACACACACCUGCUGAAAAAGGGUGCAGAUAUUGGCAUCUAUGGAGAAACAUACCAACAUUUCACGGGACACACAGACUCUCAAAAGCCACUGCUCUCGUCACAGAAGGGUCCUCCACUUCCCAACAGGUCUCCGAGCCAAGACCAAACCCUGAUGGACCAAAGUGAGGACGAACAGUCUUCAAAUCUGGGGCCUCGGCUGGAGCCAGAGGGCGGCAACUGAGCAGGAGAUGGGACUCGACUUUUUGAUUUUUCUCUUGACCCACUUGAACUUUGGGAUAUUUAUUCCCCGUGUGUUUGCUCGCUGUUCAGACCCCCAAAAGACACUUUUUUUGUGUUGAGUGCAGCUUUUGCACUAAAGUGAGGCACACACAAACAGCUUCCAAACCUGUCUGCAGCUGUUACAGCGUUUUGUCUCAGGUUAAGGUUCUUCUUUUUCAAAAGCAGCACUUAAUCAUUCCUUCUACACAGGUUUUUAGUUUUUAUAAAGAGGUCUUCUGUUGCUUUCAGGAAAUGAACGUUUUCCAUUUGUGAUAUUUUGUAAAUACAUCGUUAUCAGAACACAACGGUCUGGACUGCAGCAGCCGUAUGUUGCAGCAGCAUGUUCUUCUGUUGUUCAUUGUUGCUUUUUGUUUUCUAGCUGUAGCGUCAUUACACCAUAAAUGAGCCUUACAGACGGGUCAGGCUCCCUUUAGAAAUUAGUAAGGAUCUUAUAGUUGUUUUCAGUCAUUUGUGUUACUGGGACAGUGCCAAACUGAAACCGAGCAUUGGAGAAGCUCGAGCCUAAAGUGCUACUAGUUCAUACUGAGACUGUAUAUCAUGAUCAGCACUGAUCAGUAGUUAAAAAAAACCUGUUUCACCAUUUGUUAUGAGGACAGACACAGCUUUGUUUGGAUUACAAUGAGGAAAAAUAUACAUUUAUUUGCAGUAUAUCAGCAUCUGCCAUAAAAUGUAUUUAUUUAGUAGUGAGCUGUAAUAUGUUGCUGUUUAAAUGUCCCUUAUUCUAGCAUGAGCCUAAACACGAAAGAGAAAAGUUUUCUUUCAAGGCAUGCGUCUGUCCUCUUUGAGGAAAAGUGCUUCAGAAGGACUUUGGUCUUGAAAAUUCCUCUUCCCCGCGGAGUGUGGCCAUAAAUGUUUUACAGUCUCAGU